AUGUGCAUUGGUCUCAUCUAUUCCUGCGGCCACACUGCGGUCCGCAAGUGUGACCACCCCCGUCAGCAGCCCGCUUCUAUCAAAGUGGUGACCGAGGGAAAAUGGUGGAAUGCCAGCCAGUUGUCGAUGCCUAGUACCACCUUUGAGUGUACUGGUGUGUCUGAGCCUCCUACGGAGAUCAAGCAGUCCUGCUAUAAGUGCGUCAGCAACAAGGCGGCUCAGAUCAAGGACGAGAACGCCCAGGAGGUUGAGAAGAAGAUGCGCGAGCGCACCGGUGCAGGCAACGACUCUUACAUGUAUUCUCUGUCAGUCGGCGAAAACUAUGACGAGAAUGGCCGCUUCAUCUGCAUCAUGCCAGCCGACUUUGUCAACAUCACGAUGCUUGGCAAGAAGCCCUGGAACCAGCUCGAGCACUUCGCCCGGGUUGGUAAGACGUGUGAUCAAUCUGGUCAUGUGGUCGACCGUGCCGACAUCACCCCUGAGCAGAAGAUCCUCCAGUACCAAUCGGCCUAUUGUAUUGCUCAGCGAAAUGCCUCCAUGGGUCCAGAGGAGAUGGGUAGUCUCAACCCCGCUUAUGCCGGUAUGUCAACUGGCUUCUCGGUAAUGCCGCUGGGCUCCACUGGACGAGUGAGUCCAGUCUCCACUCGAUCGUCAAGCAACAGCUCGUUGGUGUCUGUCAUGUCACUCGUUGCCGACGACGAGGAUGACACCCCCCUCACCGCCUGCUUCAGCGAUGGUCCCACCAAGGAGAACAAGGUUGCUAGCACAAUCAAUGGUGACUCUAAUGCCUAG